AGAUAUCAUACAAGUGGCAAAGAUAGAGACCGAAUAUAGCGUAUAUCUUAUCAGUAGAGUACAAAGGUACUCAAGAUUGAGAAGAUAUCAGUUGCGUUUGUGACAAUGGCGAGGAUUCUGAAUGUCACAACUGCGGAUGUGGGGCAUAAUGCCUUCUUCACAGAUUAUAAAUUAACCUGGUGGGACCCUAAUUCCUGGCUGCGGCUCCUAAUCCAAGAAAACUACCUGGCUCUGUCCUACAUGAAAGGUGUUUUACGACAAAAAGGUUUUGCCAAAGGCGAAGAGGGCUUCCGUGUCUCUGAGGGUUUACGUAUUUUAGAUGUUGGUUGCGGAGGAGGGCUUAUAACUGAACCACUGGCGAGAGCUGGUGCUGACAUUUUAGGCAUAGACAUAAAUAAGGACGCCAUCGAAAUAGCCGAGGAACACGCGAAACUCGACCGAUGUCUACGUAACAUCAAAUACAAAUGGGAAAGUAUCGAGAGCCACUGUUUGGACAACGUCGAGAAAUACGACGUUGUAAUUCUGAACUUCGUUUUGCACCACGCCAAGAACCACGAAAGUCUCAUCCGUGACUGUAUCAAAACGUUAAAACCAGGAGGCGUCAUAUUUUUGAGUUCAUUUGCAAAAAGUUGGGAAUCUUGGUUCCGAUAUAUCUUUUUAGUUGAGUGCAUCUUCCAGAUCCUACCUCCCAACACUAUAGAUUGGAAUAAAUGUAUAAAUUACGAGGAUGUUCGACAAAUGGCGAACAAAUAUGGUUGUGACGUAGGAGAUUGCAAAGGAAUUAAGUACAGGCCUCUCUCACGUUGCGUUCAAUGGAGUGAUAGCAAAAAUUCAAUGUAUAUCAUGCAUGCAACCAAAAAUAAAUAAUGAUCGAAAUAA